ACAGUUUGUGAUAAGAUGAUGGAGGGUGCGCAAAUGAUGAUAGUAGAUUAUCACCCAACUACAUAUGGUAGUGUACAGUCCUACGCCCACUACUUAAACUUGCCAACCCUCGUGCCUGGAGGAACAGGGAGCAGUGCCUAUGACCCUUAUAAAUAUGACAUUAGUCUACUUCCGCCCACCAUUGGCGCCAUCGUCGCCGUGAUUAAACACUUCCAAUGGAACAACGUCGUUUACUACAUAUUCGAUACAAAUGAUGGUCUGCUACGGCUGCAAAGUCUUUACCAGUCAUUUGUGCCUGGCGAUUUUAAUCCUGUCAUUAGGGCUCGCCGAAUUAGUAACAUAUCUCAUUGUUACGAUGUCCUCAGGAAAAUUGACAGAAGUCCUCCGCCAAAACGAAUCAUACUAGACCUUUCAACGAAAGAAGCAUACGAGAGUGUACUUCAUCAGAUAGUGGAUGUCGGCAUGAACAGAGAUGGGUAUCACUACAUUCUUGGAGGUUUGGGUAUUACAGAAUUAGAUUUGAGCACUUUUGUUUUCGGUGGCGUUAACAUCACCGGGUUUAGUAUUGUGGAUAACGAGACUGCAGAAAAUGUUAAACUGCUAGAUGAUGCCAGGGGCUACGAGUUACAUCCUGUUGGAGACUCGGUAGAAGACGCUAUGGUAAUAGAUACUGUACACGUGCUUCUUCUAGCUGCUAAACAAUUGAAUGACGACAGGUACAAUAUCAAUGAUGAUAUAUAUUCUUCAAGGAGGAGAGACAGGUAUUCCAGGUAUGGUAAUACAAAUCCAAAUGCUCAAAGUUACAAUUGUAGCGGCGUCAGUUUAGAACAGAGUUUUGAUGGAGACAUGAUUCUUCAAGCGCUUAAAAGGGUUACUACAUAUGGUUUAACGGGAAACAUAGAAUUUGACAAAAAUGGUGUAAGACAGAAUUAUAUCUUCAAAGUGUAUCAAUUAGAACACAAAGUACCAUUGAGACAGGUCGGAUUUUGGACACCUAAACUGGGAUUUAACACAACACUUCCUAAACCUGAGGUGAAAGAAAUACAAAAAGACGAUCUUAACCGUACACUGCGUGUUACAACAAUUGAGGAAGAACCGUUUGUUCAGAAGAAAAAGGGAACUGAUGUUUCUGGAGCUCCUUUGGUUGACGGGAAAUAUCUAGAGGGAUUCUGCAUAGACUUGGCAGCAGAGUUACAGAAGGCCUCAUCGCGGCAUUUUGAUUAUUACAUUGAUCUAGUAGGUGAUAAGAAUUACGGCUCCAGAAAAGAAGAUUAUGGAUGUUGGGACGGAAUGAUAGGGGAGUUAAUCAGCUCUAGAGGUUGUCCAAAUGGCACGAGAAAGAAAGCUGACAUCGCCAUUGCACCCUUAACCAUUAACGAGGAAAGGCAACGUGCUGUGGACUUCACCAAACCUUUUAUGAAGACGGGCAUCAGCAUUAUGAUUAAGAAACCAGACAAGGAAAAACCAGGAGUGUUUUCGUUCAUGUACCCGCUUUCAAACUCUGUUUGGCUGUGCGUUAUGGUGGCGUUUGUCGCCGUGAGCCUGGUUCUGUUCUUCGUCGGGAGAUGGAGUCCAUAUGAAUGGGGGGAUUUGGACCCUAAAGGAGGACUACCUAUUAACAAUUUUAAUCUGCUGAAUACAUUUUGGUUUUCUCUUGGUGCUUUAAUGCAGCAGGGUUCUGAUACUUUCCCAAGAUCGUAUUCAGGUCGAAUAGUUGGAAGCGCGUGGUGGUUUUUCACCCUUAUUCUGAUAUCGUCCUAUACCGCUAACCUUGCGGCAUUUUUAACCAUAGAGCGUCUAACUCCCCCGAUUUCCGGAGCAGACGAUCUUGUCAAGAAAGGAAGUGACAUGGGCUAUGGGACAUUGAACAGUGGAUCUAGCAAAACUUUUUUCGAGACGUCAAAUGUCCCUACUUAUAUGAAAAUGUGGAAUUACAUGGAAGCCAAUUUCGAUCAAGUGAUGACGACGGAUGUUAAGAAAGGGGUUGAAAAGGUUCGAAAUAGCAAAGGAAAAUAUGCUUUCUUAUUGGAAUCAGCUUAUAAUGUGUAUCAUAACCAAAGAAAACCAUGUAAUACCAUGAAAGUGGGCCAUAAUUUAGAUAGCAAAGGAUAUGGUGUCGCCACACCGCAACAUUUCCAUUUAAAAAAUCAGUUAAAUUUAGCAGUUCUCAAAUUAAGAGAAACCGGUCAGUUGAUGAAACUGGAACAGAAAUGGUGGUACUCUAAAGGAAUGUGUGGCACCAACAAACAGGAUGCCACGACGAGUGCUCUAACCCUCAGUAAUGUGUCAGGAAUAUUCCAUAUUCUUGUAGGGGGUUUGUUACUCUCAAUGAUUGUUGCCUUAUGUGAAUAUGUUAUACAUCAACGAAUACGAAAACUUCGUGAAAGAGGGAGAAUGAAAAAGGUUGACUUUAGUUUUGAUUGA